UGUUCUCAUUUCCUCUGCAAAGCCACAUCACUCUUCUUCAGGCGUCAUAUCACAGUUGGUCUGUCAGUCUGCCAGAGUCUGGGGUUCGCACGCAAGCGUCCAGGAUGAGGGUCCAGUGGUGGAGCUGCAUGCUGGGGUUGCUCUGCAUGCCCGCUGGGGUAAUCCUCAACAAAUGGACGGCUUCUCAACAUCCCCCAUCCACUUCUUUUGUGAGGAUCAACUCCUCCACUGAGAUCUCCUGCUCGACAUCCUUGUCCAACCCCAUGGGUCUGUCCCUGAACAAACGAUUUCUCCAUAGUGCCAAUAUCGUGUACCUGAACUUGAUUGAAGGAGAGAUCACCAAAAAAACGGAGGCGAAAGAUUUCAAAAGUCGGAUUCAGAUAUCCGCGGGGCAAAGGGUCAAGGAUGGCCUCAGCUUCACCCUGCAGCUGUCUCUGCUCGGGGUGGACGACACCAACUUGUAUUACUGCGAGUGGACUUACAAUGAAGACGAGAAGAUAGGAACUCUGCUCAGCAAUGGCACGGUCAUCAUUGUUGAAGGUGAAGAAAAGAACCCAGAAGAAGCAUGUGAAUCGACCGUUAUGGAUCACACCCUGAUUUGGUUGGUUGUCGCAGAAGUCGCAGCUAUUGCCAUCAUCGUCAUCGGAGUGCUAAUUUUUAAGCUAAAGCAAGUGGGAGUCUUCACUGGCCUCCACCAUGAUUUCAGCCUCUUGGAUUGCAGGAUUUUGUCACUUGAUCAACGUUGAGCGAAAAGGAAGCAAUCCCAGUCUUUGAUUUGUUUUUUAGAAAUUUAAUCCAUAUUUGUGUGUGGUCAGUUUCAGACGCCAUUUAUGCAAUAUUUGAAGUGAAACACAUCAUUUUUGUGUUUUCAUUUCAGGAACGUGAGAGUUUUGCAAAAGUUGCAUUUCUCCCAUUACCAUGGAGACAGAAUCAGAAAGUCUUAAAAAAAAAUUUCCCCAUUUACAGACAUGGUGUCAGAGCUUUGGCUGGGUUAGGAUUUUACUUUCUCACUAAACACAACAAGAGCUGAUUACAGAGGAGAGAAGGCCUUUUUCGGAGUUAAAACCAGGUGAUCUGCUUAAAUUCAAAAGAUUUUUCAGAAGAGAGAGCUGUCACAGUGGGAGGCCACUUUUUCAGUCUGAGUUGAUCUUGUUGUCUUCAUGUUCCCACAGUUUAAAAAGACAUUUGUGCCUGGAAGACAUGUGAAUCCACCAACAACAAGUAGGCAUCGGCUUGUGGCUCCAAGGCAGCCGAUCCACCACUGCCCCUACCUGGUCACCUCUGUGAGGCCUCCUGGCCUCAGGGGGUUCCCGUAAUAUCGAGAGCCGAUGACCUCCUGAACCAGCGGCUUGCUGUCUUAUGCUGAUGCUGCUUCGAGUUUCCUUUUUCAGUCAGACUUUGCACUCUCUUUACAGAAAAAAGACUGAACCACAUCCUGGCUGACAUGAGGCACACAGGGUUUGCUCCGCAAAAAAAAAAAAAAAAAAAGAAGAAGAAGCAUUUUCUCUUAGUUGUCCUUUGUUAUGCACCGUGAUAUGACCUCAUCUGUUCUCCUGCAUGCUAUGUAUAUUAAAUCUAAAUCUUUGAAACCCUGCAGCUCCUUCAGAGUUUUUGUUUUUACUUUUAAAACAAGGAAAAUAAAUAAUCAGCAGUCAAUAAUAGCUGCUUUGUUAGUAGUUGUGGAUUGAUGAAUUAAUGUGGAUUAAUGUGAACAUAGCUGGGUCAGCUGAGCUGUAAGCACUGUGUGAGAUCCGCACAAGAAACGAUUCACUCUUAUUCAGCUGCAGUUACAUCACGCAGUAGGAGGAAGAUGCUCUAUAAUCUGAAUGCGACAUGAAAUUACAUUAGUGAGUGUGUUGGGGUUAGAUUUGACGUGUCCAUGCCCAGAACCCUCCUAAUCCGCACUUGCAUGGAACCUUUGAACGAAAGCCUCUGUUCCUGCACGGAUUGUUGUGUGUGUUGCUCAUGCCCCAGCCUUGAAUGCACCUUGCGGCUUCGGCGUAACUAAAGUAUUUUUUUAAAGGCGGUUUUAAGGAUCUGACCGUCUGUGGGCUUCGAGUCCCGAGCGGAGAGCCACCAUGAGCGGCCACAGGCUGCUGUCCUCCCGGCUCAAGCUGUGGACUUCGGGUCGGAGCGGAUGGAUGAGCCGACUCCAUGAAGGUUUGAGUGGAUGUGGAAGAGCUUCUUUCUCUUCCAGCAACCCCAAAAUUUGUGUGGUGGGAAGCGGCCCAGCGGGCUUCUACACUGCGCAGCAUCUGCUCAAGGCUCGUCAGGAUGUGGAAGUGGACAUCUACGAGCGUCUGCCCGUCCCCUUUGGACUGGUUCGGUUCGGAGUGGCCCCAGAUCAUCCCGAAGUCAAGAACGUCAUCAAUACGUUCACGCAGACAGCCAGUCACGCACGAUGCAACUUCUACGGCAACGUCAACGUUGGGAAAGACGUCAGCAUAGACGAGCUGCGGCGGGCUUACCACGCCAUCGUGCUGAGUUAUGGAGCGGAGGGGAACAGGAGUAUGGGCGUGCCGGGGGAAAACCUCCCCGGAGUUUACUCCGCCAAAGACUUUGUGGGCUGGUACAACGGUCUGCCCAGCUGCAGGGAGCUGACUCCAGACCUGAGCUGCGACACCGCCGUCAUCCUCGGACAAGGCAACGUGGCCUUGGAUGUCGCCAGGAUCCUCCUGGCGCCCACCAAAAUGUUGAAGAGCACGGACAUCACCCAGCCGGCCCUCGACGCUCUGGCACAGAGCCGAGUCCGCAGGGUCCUGAUCGUGGGCCGGAGAGGACCCCUGCAGAUCGCCUGCACCAUCAAGGAGCUCAGAGAAAUGGUGAACCUGCCAGACUGUAGGCCGGAGAUGGUGGCAGCUGACUUUGAGGGAGUGUCAGAAGCUCUGAAAGAUGUGCCGCGGCCCAGGAAGCGUCUGACGGAGCUGAUGCUGAAGACGGCCUUGGAGACCCCCGGUGAGAAGGAGCAGGAGAGGAGGAGCAAGGCCUCGCGCUCGUGGGGCUUUCGGUUCUUCCGGAGCCCGGUGGAGGUUCUGGCCAGCGGCGGCAGAGCGGCCGGCAUCCGAUUGGCCGUCAACAGGCUGGAGGGUUCGGGCGACGGAGCUCAGGCUGUGCUCACCGGGGAAGUGGAGGAUGUGCCCUGCGGCCUGGUCAUCAGCAGCAUCGGCUACCGGAGCCUCCCCAUCGACGAGUCGGUGCCCUUCGACUCCCGCAGGGCCGUCAUUCCAAACAGCAUGGGCCGCGUCCAGCAGGCUGCAGGUCUGUAUUGCAGCGGCUGGGUGAAAACAGGCCCGACCGGGGUGAUCGCCACCACAAUGAACAACAGCUUCGACACAGCUCGCUCGCUACUGGAGGACAUGGACUCUGGAGCGUUGGAUGUGUCUUCUACCAGGCCGGGCUCACAGAGCAUCAGCGCUCUGCUGGCAGAGAGAGGAGUGAAAGCGGUGACUUUCUCCGGCUGGGAGAAGAUCGACGACGUGGAGACGAGGAGGGGCGAGGUCAGCGGGAAGCCCCGAGAGAAACUGCUGACGGUGCAGGAAAUGCUUCAGGUGGCUCGCUCGUGA